CAAAAAUCCAUAGUCAAUAGUGUCUUUUUCAAUACGUAUGGGUUUUCUUUGUUAUUUUACUUUUGAAGAUAACACAAUACACAAGCGUCAUGCUACCCUACCAAUAUAUUUUAAUUAUUUGUUAUUUCGCGUUUGAUAUUUUUCCUAUGGGGUUUCUGGAUUCGGAAAAAUUGUUGCAGUCCCUGUAAUUUUUGAAUGUAACGUGAAAAAAUGUCAAAAUAGACAUAGUUUUAAUGUGACAAUUUUAUAAACGUCAGAACAACCUAUCCACGAAAAAAUUUACAACGACAUUUAGUUAAGCGUUGUUGUAAUUAAAAUUAAUGUCGCAACAAUGGUGAUUUCCACCAUCAUAAUCUAAAUGUCACAAUCAUUGUCGUCAUAAAUUAUACAAGUGUGUGACGUUUAGUGAAAAUGUCGUAUAAAGAUUCUUUCCAUCAUGCUAGUGACGUUUGUGGAAAGUGUCGCUAUAACUAACCCAGUAAUUUGUCGAAUGUGAUGUCAAAAAAUGUCGCAACACACUAAGUUUUAAUGUGACAUUUUUUUAAACAUCAGAAGAAUCUAAAAGCAAAAGCAUUUAUAGCGACAUUUAGCUAAGUGUUAUUUUAAUUUAAACAAAUGUCGCAACAACACUACUUUCCUCCAUCAAAAUUUAAACGUCACCAUCAUUGUCACCAUAGACUAUACAAGUGUAACGUUUAGAGUAAAUGUCGCAUAAAAUAUUUUUUCUUUCAUUCUAGUGACGUUUGUGGAAAGUGUCACUAUAAAAACGUGGCAGUAGACCGUUUUUGUUGUAGUGAUUCCCUUUCUCGAUUCAUCCUCCAUUCCUCCAGCAGACACCCUCCAAGAUUCUUAUAUCCAUCAUACUACAGGGGAAACUUUCUGGUCAUCAUUCGACAAUUAUACAGUGGGUUGGUGGCAGUUCUCUACUAGUUAGUCAUACCAGUGACGUGAGCCUUUCACAUUUCUCUUUAAUUUGCCAAUUGUUGAAGUAACCUUGGACUUGUAACACAGACUGCAACACAAGGACUAAGAUGUGGAUACAGAACUCGGAACACAAAAGACAAUGAAUGAAUGAGGAUUGGAAAUGUAAAGUUGUGUUCUUGAUCUUCAAUCCAUCGAUCAUGUUGUAUAUGAUAGAACGAAAGAGAAUGCAAGUAUAUGAAGACCGGAGACAAGUUUAGUAAAAAAAUUCUUUCCAAUGAUAUCAAGAUUUGUCUCAAAUGAGUGAUAUUAUUAGGUAGAUCGUUGAAUGGUUUACGAUUCCAUAGGAAAGCGAUACUUUCAAUGAGUUUGGUGAGAUUUUUAACUUUCCAUGACAUGCUAUGCUAGAUUGCUAGGCCUAUGCUAGAUUGCUAGGCCACAUUACACAUCAACCACACUCAUGAAACUUCACCUUGCAAAUCAAGCAUAUGGAAACCUUUUUUUUUAAUUGAAGCAUCGAAGGUGGCUAGAGAUAUAUAGCUGCUGAUUGAGGUCAACGGUAGUCGGUAGCGAUAUAUAGCACUUAAUUAACAUAAGAUGUUUUACUUGUAUUGUGUUUAUUUGUAGUUUAAAACUAUUUAAUUCGAAUUAAAAAUUAUAAUCAUGGUUAGGGUUGUAUGAUAAUAAAAAAAUCAGAAAAAAGAAUGAAGCAACUAAACAGGUUUUUAUUUUCAGAACUCAGUUUCAGAACCCAUCAAAAUUCUCAGCUAAACAAGGUUUUUUCAGGUUUUGUUUUCCAGAAAAUGACAGCUUCGUUUUCAUUUUAAUUUUGUUUUCUGUUGUGGCAGCUAACAGAAAUGGAAUGGCAAGUAAACGGCCCAUAAGUAACUCCGACACGUUGUUUUUUUGCUGCGGUAGCAAAACACAAACGGCGAAGUGGAAGCACCAUUUCCGCGCACACCCCGUAGAUAUUGAGCAGCCGUAACACGGUGUAGGUAACCACUAGCAGACGGAGUAAUACAGAGACCGGCGAAAUGAGCGUGAUCGACAUCCUAACGCGAGUUGAUGCGAUCUGCAACAAGUACGAAAAAUACGACGUCGAGAAGCAGAAGAAUCUCAAUGUCUCUGGUGACGACGCUUUCGCUCGCGGUUACGCCGCCGUCGACGCCGAAAUCGAAGCCGCUCUUGAGAAAGCGGAACUUGCUUCCAAGGAGAAAAGCAAGGCGUCCACUGUAGCUCUCAAUGCCGAGCUCCGUCGGACUAAGGCGAAAUUGCUGGACGAGGUUCCAAAGUUGCAGAGGCUCGCAAUAAAGAAGAUAAAAGGCCUUUCGACAGAAGACCUUGCGGCCCGUAAUGACUUGGUUCUUGCAUUGCCAGAUAGAAUCCAAGCUAUUCCAGAUGGUGCUGCAGCAAAACAACCUGGAGGUUGGGGGCCCUCAGCUUCCCACACAGAAAUAAAAUUUGAUUCAGAUGGUCGGUUUGAUGAUGAAUACUUCCAAGAAUCUGAGCAGUCGAAUCAGUUUAGGCAGGAGUAUGAAACACGUAAGAGGAGGCAGGAUCAAGGUCUGGAGAUGAUUUCAGAAGGUUUGGAUACUUUGAAAAACAUGGCCCAUGACAUGAAUGAGGAACUGGAUAGGCAAGUUCCUCUGGCUGACGAAAUCGAUUCCAAGGUGGACAAGGCUGCAUCUGACCUUAAGAACACCAAUGUUAGACUUAAGCACACUGUUACUCAGUUGAGAUCCAGCAGGAAUUUCUGCAUCGAUAUUGUUUUGUUGAUCAUAAUCUUAGGCAUUGCUGCUUAUUUGUACAAUGUACUGAAGAAGUGAAAGAAAAGGGGCACUGUUGAUGGAGACUCAUCUGACAUUAUGAUGAUGUUGGCUAUCCCUGGCACUGUAAUGUACUUCAAUGACUCCGCUUGCUUGCCUUUUUUGUUUGGUUUGUUAAUCAUGUUUAUGAGUUUUCUGGCUCCAAGUUGAGAAUGUACCUUUCUUGUGUAAAGAUCUCAGAACUCGGUCAUAUAUGUAUUCAUUUACCUUCUUUCCUGUUCUUCCACAGUAAUUUGUUUCCAAAUCUAAUCUUCCCACACCAUUUCUAGCCUACAUGUAGAUUAAGUAAAAAUGGUCUAGAUCUAGAAGCAGAACUAGUAGCAGAAAAAUCACAAGUUCAAGAAAACACAUCUUAUUUU